AUGGAACCAAAUAAACUUUUAAAAAUUUCACUUGCCACAAUAUUUACAUUGGUGACGUGGUUAACAUUAUAUCACCUUUUACAAUUAUUAACAUUUUCAACUAAAAGUGAUAUUAAUAAUAAUAAUCAAAAUAAUAAUAAUCAAAAUAAUAAUAAUAAUGUUACAAUUAAUUUAUUUACUGGUGUACCUACAUUUGAUCAAAUUAAAGAUAUAUUUUUUAAUAGUGUAUUAAUAUCAGUAUUUAUAUUUCAACACAGUUUUAUGGCAUCAAGUGGCUAUAAAUCAUUUAUUUCAAGUUCUAAUUUUUUUCGUCCAUUACAAAGAUCAAUGUAUAACUUUUUCACAUCAUUAACUAUUGAGUUUAUGAUUUCAAAUUGGCAAUCGGUUAAUUCAUUCAUAAUAUGGGAUUUAUCAAAGUAUGAAUCAAAUUUAUCAACUUUAAAAACAAUAUUUUUAAUUAUAAUUUUAUUUGAAUUUUUUUUAUUUUUAAACUUUUUCGAAUUCUUUGGAAUUUCACAGGUUUGGAGUCAUUGCAUAAAAAAUAAAGAAUAUGAAUUACCAAUUGAAGAAAAGAAUAGAUUAUAUUCAAUUAUGAGGCAUCCAAAUACAGUUUCAUUAUUAAUAAUAAUUUGGUUUUCACCAAUAAGAAUGACAUUGGAUUUAUUUACUGUUUGCACAUUCUUUACAUUUUAUUUAUUGUGUGGUAAUUCAAAAUGA